AUGGAUCGCUUGCUGAAGGCACUUGGGUGCUCAGCGAACCCAUUGGGCACAUAUGCACUUGCUGAGCCGGGAGGGCGAGUCCUACGGAACCUGGUAAAUGGGAGACGGCUCGUGGAGGCACACGUCACCAAACCAGAGCAGAUGUGGACAUCCUCGGGCGGCAAGUGGCACCUUCGUCGCCAAGGCGAGAAGGCGACCCACCCGUUUGAUGGCCGACUAGCCACCGACAGCGACUCCGAAACACCGCCCAGCUAUAUCGAGUUGUCGACGAUUUCUCGGAAGGAAUGGGAGCAAAUGAUCCGCUCAGGUGUGCGGUCUCGUUUGGUGGGGGAGGAAGAAGCUGUGCGACAGGUCAGAAACAGGGCGAUACAAAACGCACGCAAGCAGGGCUCGCUUGCUAGGACUGACCAGAUCGUUCGCCAGCAAACGAAUACAGGAAUCCUCGCCGGGAAUCAAGGCGAGACGGAAAUCCUUGCCGGAAACCAGGGCAAGAAGGACCCUCGAAAGGGUAUGAGAGCAGCGGAAAGCUGCCGGAAGGGGUGGCCAGCGACCACCCAAGAAAGAGUACCUGUUCCACAGAGAGCAGAAGAAGUCAGCAACGACUUGCCAAAAGGAUAUCCCAUCAAGACGAUGGAAGGGACCGACGAUACCGAGUCCAGGGAACCUGCGCAACAAGCAGAUGAGAUCCGGAAUGUGAUCGAGGAAGCCGAUAAGGAGGUGAUGCCACCGAGUAUCGGCCAAGACGGCGAUGGCCAGGAAGCUCAGUAUAGCUUCAGGCAUCGUAAAGGAAAUCCCAUCGAGAUGAUGGAAGGGCAAAACGACUUGCCAGAAGAGAUCCCCAUCGAUACAGUGAUGGAAGGGACCGAGGAUGCCAAUCAAGAGUCCAGGAAGCCUGCCCAACAAGCAGAUGAGAUCCGGGAUAGGAUCGAGGAAGCCGAUGAGGUGAUACCACCAAACAUCGGCCAGAAUGACGAUAGCCAGGAAGCUCCGUACAGCUUCAGGCAUCGCAGGAGGUGGCCGCCAGGGAUGGUGAGAAACUAG